UCACUAGGAGGUUCAGUCCGUUACCGUUUUAAGUAGUAGAAAGCUUCCCUGAACUCGUCCAUCCAACAUCCCCAAACCAAGGCUAUUCACCUGGCUAACACACUAUGCGUAUUCGAUUCGUAGUUUCAAUGCCAACACAGCAGUGCAACAUGCUGGGGAAAUCCACCAGUCUCGCCUUACUGAUUUUUCUUCACUCACUUUCGCCGUGCUCGUCGGCGCCGGCGCCGUCGCAGCUGGGCGCCGGCUCCACCCUCUCCGUGGAAGACCACGUGCGGUCCUUCCUCGUGUCCCCCGACGCCACCUUCUCCUGCGGCUUCCUGGAGGCCGGCGAGAACGCCUUCUCGUUCUCCGUCUGGUACACCGGCUCAGCGGACAAGACCGCCGUCUGGACGGCGAGCCCCGGCGCGCCUGUGAACGGCAGGGGAUCCAGGAUCACGUUCCGCCACGACGGGGGCCUGGCCCUCGCCGACGCCAACGGGACCGCCGUGUGGGAGAGCAAGACGAGCGGCGGGGGUCUCGUCAUCUCCCUCCUCGACACCGGAAACCUCGUCAUCUCGGACCCAUCUAACAACGGCGGCCCCGCCCCGUGGCAGAGCUUCGACUGGCCGACGGACACGCUGGUCCCGUCGCAGCCGCUCACCAAGCACAUGAAGCUCGUCGCCGGCUACUUCAGCCUCUACUACGACAACGACAACGUGCUGCGCCUCCUCUACGACGGCCCCGACACGUCGAGCAUCUACUGGCCGUCUCCGGAUAACACCGUGUUCGGGAACGCCCGGACAAACUACAACAGCUCCAGGAUCGCUGUCCUCGACGACACCGGCGUGUUCUUGUCCAGCGACAACCUGGCAGUCCGUGCCUCCGACCUCGGCCCCGGCGUCAAGAGACGGCUGACCAUCGAUCCGGACGGCAACGUGAGGAUCUACAGCCUCAACGCGACAACCGGGGGCUGGAAGGUGACAUGGGCGGCGAUGGCGCAGCCAUGCUCCGUGCACGGCGUGUGCGGCCAGAACGCGACCUGCGAGUACCAGCCGGGCCUCAGAUGCUCGUGCCUGCCCGGUUACGAGAUGUCCGACCGGGAGGACUGGCGCAAAGGUUGCAAGCCCAUGUUCGGCGUCACCAACUGCAGCCAAGACCAAGCGGCGGCGCCGGAAGAGCGGUUCAAGUUCGUCAGGGUGCCGCAGACUGACUUCUACGGCUACGACCUGGGGUACAACAGCUCUGUUACGUUCGAGCACUGCAAGAAGCUGUGCUUGGAGAUGUGCUUGUGCACCGCCUUCUCCUACCGGCUUACAGGCAUCGGCGUCUGCUACCCAAAAGGCACGCUCUUCAACGGCUACACAUCUCCAAAUUUCCCCGGGAGCAUCUACAUCAAGCUACCGAUCGAUUUCGACACCUCGGCGCAGUCGGUCUCUGCUCGUAGCUCCGAAGGCCUUGCCUGCAAUCCUAACGGUCCCAAGAUCGUCCAAGGAUCUCCAGACACGUUCCGGAGACCAAGAAACAACACGAAGUGGUCGUACCUGUAUGCGUUUGCCACGGUGCUGGGAGUUCUUGAUGUUAUCUUCAUUGCAACAAGCUGGUGGUUUCUUUCCAGCAAGCAGAGCAUACCCAGUUCGCUGGAGGCAGGAUACAGGAUGGUUACGGGCCAGUUCAGGAGGUUCACGUACCGGGAGCUCAAGGACGCAACGGGGAACUUCAAGGAAGAGCUCGGCCGGGGCGGCUCCGGAGUCGUGUACCGCGGCGUGCUCGACAAAGGGAAAGUGGUGGCGGUGAAGAAGCUGACGAACGUGGCGGGAGGCGACGAGGAGUUCUGGGCGGAGAUGACGGUGAUCGGCCGGAUCAACCACAUCAACCUCGUUAGGAUCUGGGGGUUCUGCUCCCAGGGCAAGCGUAAGUUGCUGGUGUACGAGUAUGUCGAGAAUGAGUCACUGGACAGGCACCUGUUCGCCACGGAUAGAACAUUGUCGUGGCGCGAGCGAUACAGGAUCGCGCUGGGGACAGCCAGGGGCCUCGCCUACCUCCACCACGAGUGCCUGGAGUGGGUCAUCCACUGCGACGUGAAGCCGGAGAACAUCCUGCUGACGCGGGAGUUCGACGCCAAGAUCGCCGACUUCGGGCUCGCCAAGCUGUCCAAGAGGGACGGCGCCGGCGACAGUAGUAUGCAGCUCACCCACAUGAGAGGGACGACGGGGUACAUGGCGCCGGAGUGGGCGCUGAACGUGCCCAUCAACGCCAAGGUCGAUGUGUACAGCUACGGCAUCGUGCUGCUGGAGAUCGUGAUCGGGAGCAGGAUCUCCGAACAGAGGACAGCCGGUGGUGAGCGGCUGGAGAUGUUGCAGACCGCUGAGGUCCUGAGGCAGGUGGUGGCCAGUGGGGACAUCGCGCCCUUGGUGGAUGGCAGGCUGCAGGGGCAGUUCAAUCCCCGGCAGGCCCUGGAAAUGGUGCGGAUUUCCUUGUCGUGCAUGGAGGAGAGGAGCAAAAGGCCCACCAUGGACGACAUCGCCAAGGUUCUAAUGGUGUGUGACGAUGAGGACGAGCACCCCGCUUAUCGAUCGUGAGUUGCGAUCACCCGACCCAGGAAGUGGCCACCAAAAUUGAUUAAAUGCGGCUGGAUUACUUUAGCAGAGGAAGUGUGCCGCCGCUGAUUACAUCUUAGCUAUAGCUUAGAGGUACAACAGUUUGCAUGAUGGGUACAGGUAGCUCACAGAUGAUGCAAAAUGCUCAAUUAUUUGUCAUAUAAAAUUUAGAUAUUUUGCUGUACAAAAGAUAAAAUUAUUAUUAUCUUACUAUUACUAAUUAAGAGUUUCUUUAGAGCCUCCAUGUUGAACCUGACUAGUCAGGUCAGUCACUCCAGAAUAAAAAAGAUAACUCCUAAUAAUUCUUACAAAAAUCGGAAACAU